ACUCGUUCGAAGAAAAGACGUAUUUCCUGGUGACGUCAGAGACGGUGGAAGAAGCGAAACUUAAGACAGCGUUUGAAUGUUAUUGCGGGAAUAUCUAUAAUAGAAAGGCGAAUAAAUAAAAGGUUAUCUUAUCCCAGAAACAUGAAUAUUAUCACACAAGUCCAGCUAACAGUCCCACUGCCAGUGCCGACAGAGACACACCCUGUCAUCGAGUGCAUACAGAGCAACAACCUAAAAAAGUUCAAGAAGUUAAUAAGGGACAACGAUAUGGAUGAGUUGUAUCCAUGCAGACAACUCAAAGAUUUCAUAACUCCUCUAAUUGCAGCAGUUUACAAACAUAAUAAGGAUAUUUUCACUUAUCUGCUGCGUCAAGGUGCGGAUCCAAAUCAAACAUCCAACUCAGGCUUUACUGCUUUGCACUUUGUGUCAACAUGUAAUACACCCCUCUGUUUUGUGGAAGAACUCUUGGAUGCAGGAGCAAAUCCAAACCUGGGUCCUGUAACACCACUGGAGCCUGCUGCCGUCCACAACAGGGAGGACGUUAUGAGAUGUCUCCUCUCUGCUGGUGCACAGUCAACUUUGAUUCCUUUCAGCAAUAACAACUUAAAAAUAUUAGUUCAGAAGAUUUCUGACUUAGCCUCUCAAGGACACGAACUCUGCUCCAAAAUAAAACCCUUUUGGGAUUUGGAGAUUUCACUAAAACAAAACUCUCCUGAAAGAGUCCUGAAAGACUUUGAUAGCCACAUGUUUUGGGAGGAUCCUACGACUCAUUUGACCAUGAUUGAAAUUCUUUUCACAGUUUCUGGACGAGGUCAGGAAAAAUACAGCCAAGGAAGUAUCAAAUGGCUCAAGGAAACAGAAAAGUUGGAUGUCUACAUCACAAGUGCUGUCAGCCGUUUUGGAAAAAUACCAAAGUCACACUUAUUAAGGGCAAUUUGUAGUUUGCACGUCGUUUUCUGCACAAUGGAUGACAUACCUAAUGAGGAAGCCUUGGCCAUUAUUCCCAAACUGCUGGAUGAACUUUGCUCAAAGAAAAGGGCUGAUAGCCGGGUAGCUGUCAUGCAGAGACAAGACCCACCUGCGAACUUUGAAAUAGUUUUACAAACACUGUAUGUGAUAACGCAAAAAUCCAAAGGUAUCAGCUCCUGGGAUGUCUCGUUUUUGGACAGUCUGAGCAAGAAGGUUGCCCCUUUCUUAAAUGAGCCGCAUCCCUCCACAACCAGGGCCUACGCCUAUGGCAUUUUUGCAAACUUACUUUCAGUGGUGAAUCCUGUCGACUUGUUCCAGUCAGUUGGGAUUUCUUCAGUGCCUGAUAACAUACUGAUAUCUGCAGAGAUGACGACAAACGACAAACUGAAAGAGGCGCUGAGACGCCUGAAGAAUUACUUUCUUGACCCAAACUCUGCAGAUAUGGCCAGCCCGGCUGUACACAAGAAAAAGAAGAAGAGAAAGAGAAACAAGUCAAAAAACAUGGAGAAACAGGAGAACCCCGACGAUGAGGCCAAUGCUUCUUCAGCUAAUCAGUUAACAACAACAUUACCUGUCCAGGUAACGUAUGUCAAACCUCCCUGGGGCAGAAAAUGGCUGCCUAUCAGUAAGAGGUGGAAUGACAAACUAAAACGGCUUGUAGAUGCAGAUGACGGCAAAGUCUGCAGGAUUGGGAGCAUCAUUUAUGUUAAUGAUGCUGAAUUCCGCAUCGCUAAGGGAAGCGACGGGACAGAGGUUUUCUUGGGGCUAAGAGACGACGGGACAGAGGUCGCCAUCAAGAGAAUGUCUAAAAGUAACUACGAAGUGCUGAAGAACGAGGAAGGAAUCCUGCGGCUUCCAGAGCUCGAUCACCCAUCAAUUGUGAGGUACAUCGAUGCAGCAGAAGACCAAAACUUUGGUUAUCUCGCCCUCCAACUUUGCGAGUACAGCCUGGAGGAAUACAUCAGAGACCAUGUCGACGAUCAACAGAUGAAGGAGAAACUUGUUGGUGACUUUCUCCGCAGUUUAGAGGUGCUUCACUGUCAAAAUCCUCAAAUUCUCCACAGAGAUCUCAAACCGCAGAAUGUUUUGAUUGACGUCAAAAGGAAUGCACGGCUGGCUGACUUUGGCAUCAGCAGACGCCUGUGCAAAAAUGAAACGACUCUGCGGACGGUGAGCGCAGGAACAAAGUGCUGGAUGGCCACAGAGACAUUGGGACAAGAAGAAAGUAAAAUCUCUUACAAGUCAAACACUGAUGUGCAGGUGGCGGGGAUGCUGAUUUACUACAUCCUCUCAAGUGGACACCAUCCAUUUGGCAAAUCAGUUGAAUGUGAGUUCAACAUUUACAAGGGCAUCUACAGUUUGGACCAUGUUGAAGAUUUGCUGGCUGGGGACCUCAUUGAGCAGAUGAUAAAUAAAGAUCCAACAAGAAGACCAAAUGUGGAAACAUGUCUGGGUCAUCCCUUUUUCUGGUCUUCUAGAAUAAAACUGGAAUACCUGAAGCGCAUCGGUAACAGGAAUGAGGCUGCAAAAUGUCGACAAGCAGAUCAGAAACUGAUUGAUUCUCUGGAAAGUUCUGCUGUGAACAAAUCCUUCACACAAUGGAAACAGAGGUUUCCAGAAGACCUGGUUAGAAGGAUGGAUGGUAAUGGAAAAGCUUAUCCAGAAACCACACUCGGAUUACUGCGCUUCAUACGCAACCUCCACGUGCACUAUGAGAAGGAUGCAGCCCUCAUCGAUGUCUUGACGCUGUUUCCUGAUCUGUUCGGGUGUAUUUACAAGUUCUCUAAAGCCCAAGGAUGGAAUGAAGAAACUCCCUUAAAGGAGAUGUUUCAGAGAGAGGACUCCAGAUCUGCCUUUGUGACUCCGCCCACAACACCAAAAGAUCUGGACCAUCCAAGUGUUCCAGUUCAAGAGUCUCAACCGGGAGAUUUGAAGGACAUAUAGCUAUAUCCCGAUUCACCUUUCAAGAUCUCCUGUUUCAUAGGUUAUGUUCUAUUUCCAGUAGACCAUUGUCAGUCUUCCCUGUCCCGUGUCUCCUGUUGUCCAAAAAUAGGAAAAGAACUCUAACCUUAAGAAAAAAAUCACUAGAAUGCAGUAAUAUGAAUCGCCCAAGUAGCAAAUUAUUUUUAAUCUAACAAGAAAUCUUAUAUCAGAAUCUAAAAACAAGAUGAUAGCUCUUAUUAAAGAAAAAAAUAGUGACUGAUCUGAGUAUCAGAAAAAAACUUCGAUUUAGAUUUUAUUUAUUUGCACUUACACAAGAUAUUGCAAAAAACAGGUAUAAAAAUACAUUAAAAAGUAGGUGCAGGAAGAGGCAAAAAAAAAAGAUCAAAGAUACGUUAAAACAACUUCAAACUUGAUUAAAUAUCUUGAAUGUCUAAAAACUUUUAAAAGUUUUAAAUGUUUGCGAGUUUAGUUUGCAGAAUGUGUCAAAAUCACCAUAUUUUCUUAAAUUUUUAAUCGAGAUCAGAUCUCCGUUUUCUAUGAAACUGAGUUUAUUUUAUAGAUAGACAUCUAUAAUCCUACUUUGUGUUUUUUUUCCUGUGGAAUUUAAAGGGAUAAAGGAAGAAAAACACUAUGUAAAGAAUUGUUUUAUUCAUCAUACCUGCUGUGCUUGAAGCUGGGUUGCACAUUAAUAAUGCCUUAAAAGGUAAAUGGUGGUUAUGAAUGGCAUUUCUUUUUGCCAUUAGUUGUUUUGCAUAUUUGUUUGUUUGUUGCGGUGAAUUUUUUAUCCUUAAUCCAAUUUUAUUUUGCUAAGUGUAUCAGUUCACUGCAGUUUUUCCUUGUAAUGAUUGUUUGUGAAAAAUGCUGUUGAGCACAGAAAGCAGCUGGUAUAAAAAUCAAGUUUUUAAAACUUUAUUUAAGGAACCAGCUUUUCUAAAUCAAGAAAAAAAAUCAUGCAAUGUUUAACUCCUAAACUUUUAUUUUGCAUGAUCCAUUUCCUUAAGUUACUUAAACAAAUGAGAAAAACUCCUGUAUGUGAUGCCCUAAAAGUGGCUUAAAACUUGAUGUGUAUUAGAAUUUUCAACUAAACACUAUUUGUUUAUAUUUUUUUACAUUUUAUUAUGGUUUUAUUACAAUUGCCACAUCAGCAGUAUAUAAGCUGAAUGUAAUGUUAAGAGUUUGACAAAAAUUCAAUGCUUGAAAGCGUUUUUGGGAACUUGCACAGAAAAUGAGUUACUUCUUUAUUGUUUUAUUCAUUUGAGUUUGAUUUCAUUUCUCUUAAGUUUUAGAUUUUUAAGACAAAUUAGUAAAAUCACAGUUUUAAUUCACUCUUAAAUUAUUUUAAAAAUAUAUAUAUAACUUUUGUGAGGUUUUCUAAAUUCCACAGCGAAUUAGCUCUCACUGAUUGGCAUGUUUUCAAGGGCCAGGGAGAUCCAUCCAGCUAGUUGUGAAAUUUUAAAGCAAAAUUGUAAAAUUCUUCUUAUUGUUAUGAUAAAGAAGAAAGCAUCACUUGUUGCAAAUUAUUAAGCUGUCAUGUAUGUUUUUGUCCUUUUCUAAAGAAAAAAAUAAAUAAGACAUGUUGCCUCUCA